AUGGGCAUGGGUGUGCUAGCUUGGAGCUUGAUGCUCCUGGCGAUCCUUGCACCGGCGAUCGACGGUCGAGUCCUGAGUGCUCGCCGCUAUCGGGAUUACGAUUUUGACUUCUCGCACCUGGGUGAAGCGCUGUACGGGAACCACGAUACGGCGGCGAUCGGGGAACUGGUGCGGGCGUGGGCUCGCUCACACAACGCCACCAGCGUCAACCCGGAGGAACUGGGCACGUACGCCGAGGGUGACAUCCACCAGCCACUGAUCGAGCGGAACGCGCUCAAGUUCACCAGCAGCAAAUGGAAGAAGGGUGUUGUGCCAUACGAGUUCAGUGAGGAGUUUUCGAUCGGCGAUCUGACGAAGCUGUUCUCGGCGUUCGAGCAGUUCCACCAGAAGACGUGCAUCCGGUUUGUGCCACGCUCGAAGGAGCGCGACUACGUGGCAAUCGAAGGCCGCAGCAGCGGAUGCUGGUCGGCAGUGGGCCGGAUGGGUGGCCGGCAGGUCCUGAACCUGCAGCGAAACGGGUGCCUCCAGAUGGAGGGUACGAUCGUGCACGAGCUGAUGCACGCGCUGGGUUUCCUGCACGAGCACACGCGCUACGAUCGCGAUCGGUACGUUAACAUCUUCUUCCGCAACGUGCGCCCGAAUCUGCUGAGCAACUUUGGGCGCGAAAGCGAAUCGCAAACCACCACGCUCGGUAUGCCGUACGAUUACGGGAGCGUUAUGCACUACUCCAGAACGGCGUUCAGCAAAAACGGCAAACCCACGGUCGAGCCAAAGAUCAACUACGGCGGCCAGCUCGGGCAGCGCGUCGGCUUUUCGGUGAAGGAUGUACAGAAAAUCAAUAAGCUCUACUGUCAUCGGUGA